GUUCUUAUAAGAGCUGUGCGCUAUCGACUGCCACCGGGAUAGAUCGCGAGCCACUGUUGCAACCAUGUGGAAGCUGUUAUUUUUGGCAUGCAUAGGCUCUGCGGCUGCGCUGCCUCAGUACGCGCUACCGAGCCUCAUUGCGCACGCGCCGGUUGUGCAUGCACCCAUCGUACGCGCUGAGCCUGUGGCGUAUCCGCGUUAUGCGUUUAACUACGGUGUAAAGGACCCGCACACAGGUGACAUCAAAUCCCAGCAAGAGGAGAGAGAUGGUGAUGUUGUCAAAGGCAGUUAUUCACUGGUAGAACCGGAUGGUUCAACAAGAACAGUAUCAUAUGCGGCAGACGACCACAAUGGAUUUAAUGCAGUAGUGCAUAAAACAGGCCAUGCUGUACAUCCAGCUGCUGUAGCGCCGGCUCACUACGCACCUGCUCUCAUAGCAGUAUCACCAUACUUUCAUUAAAGCUUUAAGAAUUACGUUAAUCUAUUCGAUUUACAAGAGUAAGAAAAUAUAAAGGCGUGUUCCUGAAUAGUUGCUCCAGAAAAAUGUAGCUUAGUAUGAAGUGGAAGAUUAUUUGUAUUUCUUUAUUACUUAGUUGAAAUAAGGAGUUUAUUAUGGCAAUACUCUGUGCUAUUUAAUAAUAUGUGUAAUGUAAUGUAUUUUUAAUGUUAGUGAAGAAUAUUUAUGUGGCGGACAGGGUUACAAAAUUAAAAGAGCGAUUGUAUAAGAAAGCUUUUCGAAAAAGUAGUCAUUCUAACAUAAAAGUGCCUAAUGACGAAUUUUGUUUGCUAUAAAUCAUAUUCUUUGAGCUUUUAAUUAUGUGCUUAGUUUUUUAUUGUAGUUUCUUGUGCUCUGAAUAGCGGACAAAAUUUGGCUUUGGAAGAAUGAGAAUUCUUUUGAAAAAAUAUUUCGUUCUAUUGGACAGAAGUUCACAUAGAAUGGUCGUUGAAUAUAAUUUAGUGCAGGAUAAUUUUUAGAAUUUUUUAUGACUUCAAUUCUGCAUGUAUUUUAAAUACUUUGAUGACUUGAUCAGUUUUUUGUGCGAGUUAAAGUUGUCGUUUCAUCUAUAUUUGAGUACCAAUCGAAGUACAACUAUAU